GAUUUCUUGGCAAAUUAGGCCUGCACUAUUAUUGAGCGUACUGGUUUCGUUCAUGAUCAAUCAGCCGACGGCUCGAUUACCACAACAGCGAGGUAGGUUUUUGGGAUGUUUGCUACUAUAUUUCUACUCCUUUCCACAGACAUUUGCGACCGCCCAUAGUGCCUCUCAAGCGAGACCGUGGUUAAAUCCUCUUGCCAGUAGCAAUUUCAUUCCCACUCUGCUAAAGUCCAAUGGUGCGCAAAGCGGCUGCUGGAUCUCGAGAACCAUGAUACGAAAGAACGAGCUAAAGCGCCGACAGAGCUGAGCAGGAAGGUCUCGGAGAGUCCCAGUGCGGAAUUCGGGAUGAUCUGAUAUUCUACCUGCGGAACAUGGCUUCAAAUUCUUUGAGACAUAAGUGUAUUCACACUUCCUUGGUUCCAGGAUUCUCGCACAGGAUUCGGGGGGUCGAUGGAUUUCAGUCAGCCCAAAGACUUAAAGUGACUCGUUAUUAGGAGCAUAGCAACCACCGCAGCCUCGGAGGACAAAGAUGAAACACGUACCGCACAUCUCCAAGACUCAAAUAAUCUACUGGAAUCUUCAAAUUUAAUCAUU